AUGUCUUCUUCUUCAUCGUCUUGUGAUUUGGUAUACGACGUCUUCCCGAGCUUCAGAGGAGAAGAUGUCCGUAAGUCAUUCCUCAGCCAUUUUCUCAAGGAGUUGGAUCGAAAACUCAUCAGUGCUUUCAAAGACAAGAAGAUCGAGACAAGUGAAUCACUUGAUCCCGUCCUUAAGCAAGCCAUUAAAAAAUCAAGGAUUGCGAUCGUCAUCUUCUCCCAAAACUACGUUUCUUCUAGCUGGUGCCUUAACGAGUUGUUGGAGAUAGUGAAAUGCCAGCAAGAGUUAAGUCAAAUAGUUAUACCGGUUUUUUAUGAUGUGGAUCCUUGUCAUGUCAGACAUCAGACUAAAGAGUUUGGAGAGGUCUUUAAGAAGACUUGCCUGAGAAGAACAGAUGACGAGAUAAAACUAUGGAAGAAAGCUUUGACCGAUGUGGCAAAUCUUGUCGGAUAUCAUUCUCAAAACUGGGAAAACGAAGCAACAAUGAUUGAAGUAAUAGCCAAUGAUGUUUUGGGUAAAUUGAAUUUAACUCAGUCUAAGGAUUUUGAGGACUUUGUUGGGAUUGAAGAGCAUAUGGAAAAGAUGAGUUCACUCUUGUGCUUGGAAUCCAAGGAAGUGAAGAUGAUUGGGAUAUGGGGUCCUUCCGGAAUUGGCAAGAGUAUUAUUGCAAGAGCACUAGAAGCUCGACUCUCUCGUCACUUCCAUGGUAAAGUUUUCAUCGACAUGCGUUUCAUAUCCAAGAGUAAGGAAUAUUAUCGCAAAGGUAACUCAGAUGAUAUUAACAUGAAGCUGCACUUGCAAGAAAACUUCCUUUCCAAGAUAUUAGAUAAGGAAGGGGUAAAAGUAGAUACCUUAAAUGCCGUGAGAGAGAAGCUAAAGCGCCAAAAAGUACUUAUUUUUUUCGAUGAUUUGGAUGAUCAAGUUGUGUUAGAUGCGUUGGCGGGUGGAGAUGAAUGGUUUGGUCCUGGGAGUAGGAUAAUUGCAAUUACAAAAGAUAUGCAGAUACUAAGGGCCCAUGGGAUUACAUGUGUUUACAAGGUUGAAACCCCAUCUAAAGAAAUAGCUCUUCAGAUGUUAUGUCGAUCUGCUUUCAGACAAGAUUCUCCGCCUGAUGGGUUCAUGGAGGUUGCGUCUGAAGUUGCAAUGCGUGUAGGUUGUCUUCCGUUGGGACUUAACAUUAUAGGUUCGUCCUUACGGGAAAGGGACAAAACGCAUUGGGUAAAUAUGUUGCCAGCUCUUCGGAAAGGUCUACACGGGAAAAUUGAGGAAGCACUAAGCUUCAGCUACAAAGCAUUAGAAAGAAAAGAAUAUCAAGCAUUGUUUCGUCACGUCGCGUGUCUUUUUAACGGUGAUGAAGUCAGUUACAUCAAGUUGAUGCUUGCAGAUAGUGAGUUGAAUGUUGACAUGGGUCUUGAAGUUUUAGUUGAUAAGUCCCUCAUACGUGUGGUACCAUCUUGGAAUAAUACGAACAUCGUGGAGAUGCACUGUUUAGUACAAGAAAUGGGUAAAGAAAUUGUUCGUGGACAAUCUGACAAGCCUGGAGAACGAGAAUUUCUAAUGGAUUCAAAGGAUGUUUGCAAUAUUCUUAAAGAUCGCACCGGUACUGAAAAGCUUAUAGGUAUAUCAAUGGACCUAGAUGAAAUUGAUAAGGUGAAGAUACAUGAAAAGGCUUUUAAAAGGAUGAGUAAUCUCCGUUUUCUAAAAUUCUAUAAAAGGUCAUUGCAACCGAAGAAAGAAGUUAGAUGGCAAUCACCCAAAACACUCAAUGAUUUUCCGGAUGAACUCAAGUUACUAAGUUGGCCAGGAUAUCCUAUGGAAUGCAUGCCUUCUAAUUUUUGUCCUGAAUAUUUGGUUGAACUCAAUAUGCCUAACAGCAAGCUUAAAAAGCUAUGGAAAGAAGUUGAGGAGCUUACAUACCUGAAGGAUAUGGAUUUGUCAGGAUCUAAAAGCCUGAAAAAGAUUCCAGAUCUUUCAACGGCGACCAAUCUUGAGACAUUGAAUCUUCACGGUUGUUCAAGCUUGGUGGAGCUUCCUUCUUCCAUUCAAAGUCUUAAUAAACUGACGGAUUUGAACAUGUCUGGAUGCACAAAUCUGGAGACACUUCCAAAUGGAGCCAACCUGAAAUCUCUAGUUCGCCUCGUUCUCACUGGUUGCUCACAGUUGAAGGUUUUCCCAGAUAUUUCGAGUAAAAUCGAAUCCAUCAUUGCCAACAAGACAGCUUUUGAAAGUUUCCCUUCUAAAUUGCGUCUUGAGAAUCUUGUUGAACUUCGCAUGGAGCACAGCAUGAGUCGAAGGUUAUGGGAGGGAGUUCAGCCUCUUACAAGCCUCACAAAGAUAAUGUUGUCCGGAUCACAAAACCUGAAAGAAAUCCCAGAUCUUUCACUGGCAACAAGUCUAGAGACACUAAAUCUCAAUGGUUGCUCUAGUUUGGUGGAGCUAACUUGUUCAUCAAUUCAGAAUCUUAAUAAACUAACCACCUUGGAAAUGACAGGAUGCUCAAGUCUAGAGACUCUCCCAACUGGCAUCAACUUGAAAUCUCUCUACCGCCUCAACCUCAAUGAAUGCUCGCGGUUGAAGAGUUUCCCUGAUAUCUCAGAUAACAUCUCAACCCUCAAUCUAAACCAAACAGCGAUAGAAGAAGUUCCUCCAUGGAUCGAAAACUUCUCCAAACUUGAAUCCUUGGAAAUGUGGAAAUGCAAAAAUCUAGCGACUCUUCCAACUGGCAUCAACCUAAAAUCUCUCUAUCGCCUCAAUCUCAGUGGAUGUCCACUGCUGAAAAGUUUUCCAGAUAUCUCAAGCAAUAUCUCCACUCUUUAUCUUAACCAAACAGCCAUUGAAGAAGUCCCUCCUUGGAUCGAUAACUUCUCUAGCCUUGAAGCCCUGGAAAUGUGGGAAUGCAGACAGCUAAGAUGCAUCUCACCAAACAUCUUCAAGCUUGAAAACCUUGGCGAGAUUUUCUUCUCGGACUGCGAGCAUUUGGCUGAAGUUAGCUUGCUAGACUGUCCGCAGGAGGAAGCAGGAGACACCAGUAAUACUUGCACUAAGUUGUCAUUGAUAAGUUUCACCAACUGCAUAAAUUUGAAUCAAGAAAACUUCAUUCAACAAUCAGCUUCCAAGUAUCUGAUCUUACCAGGUGUUGAAGUGCCCCCUUACUUUACACACAGAUCUGCUGGGAGCAUCUUUAACAUCCCUCUACAUCAUUCUUCUCUUUCUCAACAACCAGCCUUCAACUUCAAGGCUUGCGUCGUGGUUUCUGAUGUCGAUGCGAUUUCUGAAGGAACAGAAACCGCCAACCAUAAUCUUUGCUUUAUAGACAUUGAGGUACAUUGCCGGUUUAAAGACAGCCACGGGAACUACUCUGGGUCAACAGAGUCAAUAGAUUUCUCCUUACCUCAAGAGUAUGAUCAUCUGAUUAUAUUUGACUGUCCUUUCGGUCAAAACCAAGACAGCGGUGAAUCGAAUUGCGAACAAGUUGAGAUAGAGUUUAGUCUUGUUAGUACAGGGCUCAGACUAAUAGGAUGUGGUUUAAAAUGCCAAUGACUGCAUGUACCAUCUUCUUGUUAGUACCUAUUGGCUACUGUAACGUUUUUCAUACAUAUAUAUCAAAGUUUAAUUUAUUCAGAAAAAAAUGAAAAAAGGUAUUGCAUGAUAUUACUCUUUAGGGCAGCUCAAGAACCCUUUAACUUGCACCGUGAGGUACCAUCAUCAAUAUAUCCUCUAUAAACUUCUAUGAAUAAAUUUCUUCAAGUUAUGAAUCUAUUAACAACGAUUACCGUUGCUUCUUUCACACAUUUUAUUUUUCCAGAACAAUAAGCUAAGAAAUGUAUUGUUUUGAAAGUGGAUUAAAAUCCAGUUCUUCCGCGUUAACUUUCAUUUAUGCAAUAUGGUCUGUGAGCUGCCAACUUGACUCUUCAAAAAGUUGAUCUUGGUGUCUCUGGCAUCGAUAAAACAGUACGCGCACUUUCAAAUUCAGCAAUUUUGCGUCAGUUGGUUGUUAGCUCCACGUUGACAAACAUGCUCCCUUUGUGAAGAAUCAAACUCUGUCUUUACAUAGUUGAUGUGUUGUGUUUUUAUCAGUUUUAAACUCGGUUUUUGACAAAGAAUGAUUGGAUUUUUAAGGUAUUUGGUCUUUUCAGCGCUUUUUGUUGUUCUUCUAUACCUAUUACAGGUUACAGGUUAGCUUACCGAAAAACGCAUUUGGAAAUGAAUUUGGAGAAAAAAGGAAGAACAAGAUCGAACUGAGCUAGAAACAUGAACGGAUCCAUCGAUCAGUGUCAAAGAUCGAUCGUAAUUCAACUGCCGUCAGUUUGACAGGCCAUUGACCGAUCCUUUUAAUAGGGGAUUGAUCGAGUUAUGUCAAGGAUCGAUCAAUCCAUAUAUAAGAGAUCGAUCAAUCGGUGACACAAUUGAGCAACUUUCCAUAUUUGCAAAUAAAUUUGAAGACCUAAGAACCUAAAAACCCGAGUUUAUUUUGUAUCUUUCAACUAGUUAUUGUUCUUGACAGCUAGAGAGCAUACUGAGAGAUUGUGAGAGAUUUGUAACACUUCAGUCAUUUUGUAGACUUUUGGAAGGAUAUUUCUUUCUACUAUAUUGGAGAAGUUUUUCUUAUCUCUUUCUCAUUUAAUACCAUUUUAUUAUGUUUUCUGUCGUUGGAUUUUGUUGUUAUUCAUUGAUCAUGAGCGAGUAGUCUCUUAGUUGGGUUAAAUUCUCAUUACGGAAUUUCUUGAUGUAUUUGAAUUAAGAAACUGAAAAUCAAACAAAUAAAAUUUAUUUUAUGGCUUUAGCUAAUAACUUGUUUGCUAUUCGACGUGGAUUUAAUUAGAUAAUUGGGUUAAAACCUAAUCUAUCAAUAGUGGUAAGUAUUAAGAAGACGUGGCAUGUUAUUGUUAACGAUAGACGGUUAUAUAGCUUAAAAUUGCAUGCAUCAACAUCCAUUGAAAACAAUAAAGACAAAUAAGUUGAAAGAUAUAUACAAGUUAGUGGGAAACCCAAAAGAAACCCAACCUGCUCCCCCACCUGCUCAGGAGUAUUUUUCAUCCCACGUACAUUUGACCAGUGGGAAAUAAGAGAGAUCGGUGACAUCUGCAGUCAAAUUAUAAAGCUGAUACACGGGUUGGAGAGAAGUAAAGUAGUCUCUAUGUUAAGCUAUCGACCCUUGACCACAAAUUAUAAAAGCUGUCGACCCAAAAUUCAUAUAAUUCCUUUACCUUAAGAUGAAAAUUAAUAUUUUGAGAUAUUGACAGAUUUUAGAAAAUACUGGUUAUGAAUCCUCUAGUUUAUAUAUAUAUAUAUAUAUAUAUAUAUAUAUAUAUAUAUAUAAAACUGAAUUUAAUAUUUAAAUAAGAAAAGUUAUAGAGGUGAAUUUGUUUUAUAGAGUUGAAUUUUGAAAAAGCGCAAAAACUACACUUCAAAAUUUUAAACAUUUACUCAUUUAGUUUUGAAAGCAUUUUCUAAAACUUAUUUUUGGAAAAAAUUCUAAAACAUUUAUCAGUUAGAAAUCGAAUGAUUUGGAGAAAAUUAGAUUAGUUUUUUUUUUAACUGAAGCAUGAGUUGGCAUGAUGAACUAAUGCCUUAGAGCAUCAUUAACGCAGAUGCUUAGAGGGUUGCUUAAUGUUUUUAAUAAUUAAAAAAAAAGGAAAUGAUGUAAUAUGUGAAGACGCGGAGCUUAAUUUAGACUCACAAGCAGCGCGUCUUGUGGGACAUGUGUUUAGCUCUCCGCGUCUCUUUCUCUCUCCCUCUCUCAUUCUAGACGACUCCGCGUCUAUCUCCUCUUCUCUCUCGCGAAAGCGAUGCCUCCGUGAUCUCUCCUCCUCGCCUCUCCUCCAAGUUAAUCUCUCGUCGACUGAAUCAGUCGAAGAUGAAGCCUCCUCGUGUUGCUCGCUCUCCUAGCAAUCUCUCGGCGACUCUCUCUCUCUCGAUCUCCUCAACGCCUCUGUGAUCUCUCCUCCUCAUCUCUCCUCGAAGAUUAUAUCUACUCCACCGAAUCAGUGGAAGAUGAGUCCUCCUCGUGUCUCUCUCUCUCCUAGCAAUCUCUCGGCGACUCUGAUCUGCGACGUUCUCGUCAACGCAUCCGUCAUCUGUUCUCCUAAUCUCUCGUCGAAGAUAAGCUCUCCUCGACGGCUCACAUCGAUGAAGAAAGACUUCGCCUCUGUCUCCGAAAUUCAAAAGGAAAGGUAAAGCUAAGAAUUUUUCUUUGCAUGUAUGAAUCCUUCUCUGGUUUUUUGAUUAGUUGUGUUUGUUUGUGCAUCAUGAUUUGUCUAACUAAAUUAGUUGUUUCAGAUGGAGUGAGGAAGCAAUGAACGUUCGUCAAAUACGAUCAUGAAUCUUGUCCGCAAUACAGGUAAAAUUGCAAGACAAUGUGAUCUGUUACUUAGGUUCAAAUAGUAUAAUUUAGCUUCAAUUGAUAUGUUGUGGAUUCAGGUAAAAUGAAAUGAACUCUGAUCUGAAAUGAUAUAAUUUAGCUUCUGCUCUGAUUGAGUGUCAUGAUUUAGCUUAUUGUCUGAAUUGAAUUGAUUAAGAGUCCAAUUAAAUGAUAUAGAUUUUUGCCUGAAUUGAAUCGUGUGUCAUGUAUUUGAUUCGAUCCUCUGUUACUCAGUUUUGUUUUCCUUCUGUGUGUUUGUAUGUUGAGCUGCACGGAUCAAGGUAUAAGAGGAGAGAUCGCCGAAGCAGAGGAGUGUGUUUCCUUCAAAAAUAUAGGUAAAUGUCUUCAUCCUUUAGUCUGUCUUCAUUGAAAGCUUUAGGUUGAGAACAAUAGUUAAUGUUUAGGUCUGUUGGCAUAAAUGUUGGUAAUAAAUUGUAGUGAAUAAAUAGAAGUGAUGGUCUAUUUGAUCUUUUGAAAUGAAAAAAAGGAUAUCGUGUGGUUGAGUUAAUAAAUUACUCUGCUUUGCGUGUGAAAAAGAAUUGAUGGAAGUUAGAUAGAAGUUAGAUAUGUGUGAAAUAAAUUGUUGUUAAUAAAUUACUGUCUUUAUAGUAGAUUAUGGUUGUGAAAGGGUAAUUAAUAGAAGUUAGAUAUGUGUCAACUCAGAAUUUGUUUUGAGUGUUUAUCUCUUCCCUCUUAAAACGCUUGGUUGCUCUUCCAAGUUCAACAGAUUCCUAUCUGUUGGUUCUCUCUUCCUUCUUAAAACGCUUUGGUUCUCUUCCAACUCCUUUUUGACUUAUCAAAUGGAUUUUAAUCCAUUUAGUGAUUCUCCAAACUUUGUUGAUUUACUUAACAGUCAACAAAGUGUUUCACCCUCUUCAUCGCAAGUCCCCUUAUUUGCUGAAGACACUGGAGGCAGUGGCAAAGUAAGAAGAACCUGGACGCCAACAGACGAUGUUGUUCUCAUCAGCUCGUAGUUAAACACGAGCAAAGAUGCGGUAAUUGGGAAUGAGCAAAGGUCGCUUGCGUUCUGGAAAAGAAUUGCUGCAUACUACAAUGCUAGUCCUAAGCUUGCUGGCUGUGAAAAAAGAGAGGCGUCUCACUGUAAGAAUCGUUGGCAGAAGAUCAAUGACGUCGUCUGCAAGUUUUGCGGUGCAUAUGAAGCAGCAACCAGACAGAAAACCAGUGGACAAAAUGAUAAUGAUGUUCUGAAGCUAGCACACGAAAUCUUCUUUACCAACUAUAAAAAAAAAAUUCAUUCUUGAGCAUGCUUGGAAAGAGUUGCGUAAUGACCAGAAAUGGUGUGAGCUGUCAACAGCCAAAAAAGAUGGAAGCUACAGAAAGAGGAAGUGUGAUGGUGGGGAUGAUGAUGAAGCCAAUGCUGGUGAUGAUGAUGAAGCUACAAAUCGACCCCCGGGAGUCAAGGCAGCAAAGGCCGGUUCUGGAAAAGGCAGCAAAUGUCCUGAAGCCAAUGCUGGAAAAGGUCUGUCCCAGUUUCAGACAAUGUGGACCAUCAAAAAGGAAGACUUGGUUUUGAAAGAAAAACUGGGAAAAAUCAAGCUUCUCAACACUCUCCUUGCUAGAGAAGGACCACUUGCGGCUUCUGAAGAAACUUUGAAGGAGCAACUCAUAACUGAGUUGAGGCCAUGAUUAGUUCAAAGUCUGGAUUAGUUUAAGUCUCGGUUACUGAUAUCUAAUGAGUUGCUUGUUGGUUAAGUUAUAUGUUGCUGUUCUAGGGUUUCUGUAUGUUUUAAUUUCUAUGUUGCUGUUCUAUGUUUUAAGUUCUAUCUUGCUGUUCUAUGUUGCUGUUCUUGGUUUAAUAUAUAUGUUGCUGUUCUUGGUCUAA